AUGACCGAAGUCCAAACACCGCAAAUGUAUCUUGCUCAAGCUCGCGCUUGUGGCAGCGUGCAGGAUUGCAUGAGCCUCUAUGACAAAUGGGCUGCUACCUACAACGAUGAAGUUGGCGACAAAGCUCAAGAGUAUGUCGCUCCUGAGAUCGUUGCCCAGGUGGCUCUCCGGUCCUCCCAGGAUUUAGCCCAUUACUCCAUCUUGGACGCCGGCUGUGGCACCGGCCUGGUAGGCCAGGCUCUUGCCCAGGCUGGUGCAAAGGCCAUUGACGGGCUCGACCUGUCUCCUGCCAUGCUCAAGAUUGCAAGGGAGACGGGAGUUUACCGAAACCUAUUUCAAGCAGACUUGACUCAGCGUGUGCAACAGCCAGAGGGCGUCUAUGACCUUGUCACCUGCGUUGGGACCUUUACCAAUGGCCACGUUGGCCCGGAUCCCGCUCUCAGGGAGUUUGUUCGUCUGGCUAAGAAGGGAGGAAAUGUUAUUGCCACGGUUCUCCAGGAGUUCUGGGAAACGGCCAGAUUUGACGCGGAAGUUAAGAAGUUGGUAGCGGAGAAGGUGGUUGAGAUUGUUGCACAAGAUGUCAUUGAUUAUGUCAAGGGUCACGGUGACAAAGCAGUUGUGGUUAUUCUACGAAAGUUAUAA